AUGUCGCUCUCGGACUUUUGGGUCCAUCGACUGAUCAGCACGGCAACACCAUCGCCGGUACCAUCAUGUUCAAGUGCAUCAUCAUCGGAGGAGAUUCUUCGUAAAACUCCCGAAAUCCCACCACUGUUGAAACCAGAAGCAAUGAAACCAAUGAAUUUCAAUGCACUCCAUAUGCUUCAAAUGCAAAUGAUGUGGCAACCGCAUUUGAUCCAAAAUUUUUUGGCUAUGAUUCAAAUGGAACAACAGCAGCAUCAACAGAAACAACAACAGCAGAAGAUAGCGGUAAGUCUAAGCACUAAAUAG